ACCUGGGCUGUGGAUUUUUCUCUCUGAUUGUACUUGCGCUCUCAGGUCCAUCACCAUGUCUUUCGUUCGUUUCGCUGCCCGGCGCAUGCGCGUGCCGAAGAAUCUCGGCGCGUGCGAAUCACCGCUCCGACGCUCGUUCACGGCGACAGCGUCGCAGAUGACCAAGAAAGAUACGACCGUGCCGAACCCGGAUCCGACCCCCGAUUCCACGACGGCGGCAUUCGUCAAAGAGCGUGCGCCGUACAUGGUCCCCACCUACGUUCGCCCGGCGCCGAUGAUGAUGAAGGGACAGGGAUGCUACCUGUGGGACAUGGAGAACCGUCGCUAUUUGGACAUGACGGCGGGCAUUGCGGUCAACUCGCUGGGUCAUUGUGAUCCGGAGAUCGCCCAGAUUGUUGGGGAACAGGCCGAGACCCUGAUCCACGCCUCCAACCUUUACCACAACGUCUGGACCGGCGCCCUCAGUGAGAAGCUCAUCCAGACCACCCGGGAGUCCGGCGCCAUGCGGGAUGCCGCCCAGGUCUUCAUCUCGAACUCCGGCACCGAGGCCAACGAGGCCGCCAUCAAGUUCGCCCGCAAGGUCGGCCGCUCCCAGGAUCCCUCGGGCGCGAAGCACGAGAUCGUCUCCUUCCACAACUCCUUCCACGGCCGGACGAUGGGCGCGCUCUCCGCCACGCCGAACCCCAAAUACCAAACCCCCUUCGCCCCCAUGCUGCCCGGGUUCCGGUACGGCAACUACAAUGACGUCGAGCAACUGUCGACCCUGGUCACCGAGAACACGUGUGGUGUCAUUGUCGAGCCGAUUCAGGGCGAGGGCGGCGUGAACAUGGCCACCCCCGAGUUUCUCCAGGCCCUGCGCCAGCGCUGUGACGCGGUGGGCGCCGUCCUGAUCUUCGACGAGAUCCAGUGCGGCCUGUCGCGGACCGGCAGCUUCUGGGCGCACGGCCACCCUGCGCUGGCGCCGGCUUCCGGGCCGGCCGCGCACCCGGACAUCCUGACGUCGGCCAAGGCGCUGGGCAACGGAAUCCCCAUCGGCGCCACCAUCAUCUCAGGCAAGACCGUGGCGGAGCAUAUCAAGCCCGGCGACCACGGGACCACCUUUGGCGGGAACCCGCUCGCCUGCCGCGUGGCGCACCACAUCAUCGAGCGUCUGGCCGCCCCGGAGCUGCAGCAGGCCGUGGCGACGAGCUCCGAGACCCUCGUGGCGGGCCUUGACGCCCUUCGCCAGAAGUUCCCGCAGGUUAUCUCCGAGAUUCGCGGCCGCGGACUGAUCCUGGGUGCCCAGCUGUCCCCCGAGUUCAGCGGCGCCGUGCCGGACCUGAUCACCGCCGCGCGGGAGCGCGGACUGCUGAUCAUCAGCGCCGGCGACGGCUGCAUCCGCUUCGUGCCCCCCUUGAACAUCACCGAGACGGAGAUCCGCACCGCCCUCUCGACCCUGGAGCAGGCGUUGGCGGUGGUUGUGGAGCGGGCCUGAGCGACGCGUUAGAGAGGGAUCGACCUCACUUUUGUUUGAUUUGAUUGCGUGAUGGUAGACUAUUGGAUUGUGAUUAGACUUUUU